AUGGCGCCAUGGCAGCCUCUUGAGAGCGCUUCCACUAUACACUCCACCUCUCAACACCAAUAUCAUGUCAUCCUCUCUCGAAACCUCCAGCAUCCAACUCACACUCAGGCCGUCACAUUGGGCGUCAUUGCGGGAUAUGUCGUCGCAAUUGCCAUCCUCUGGAAUGUGCCUUAUCUUCGCAUGAUCCUGUGGCCGUUCAAGAUGCUCGUCAUCGCCUUCCAUGAAUUCGGCCACGCCAUCACCGCCAUCCUCACCGGCGGCCACGUCAAAUCAAUCUCCCUCGACCCCCAUGAAGGCGGCGUCACUCACCUCACCGGCGGCAUCAGCGCCAUCACCCUGCCCGCGGGCUACCUCGGCUCCUCCAUCAUCGGCGCGCUGCUCACCAUGUGCGGCUUCGACAUUGUCGCCAGCAAAAUCGCCAGCAUCGUCCUGGGAGUGUGUUUCCUGCUGACCCUCUGGUGGGGGAAGCGCGACUGGCUGACCAUCUUGACCAUCUUGCUUGCUGUUGGACUGCUGAUUGGAUGUUGGUUCAUUGUUCAUGCUGAGGCGUUGCGCUUUGUUGUUUUGUUCAUCGGCGUCAUGAGUUCGUUGUAUAGCGUGUGGGAUAUUUGUGACGAUUUGAUCCUCCGAAAGGUCAACGAGUCGGACGCGAGCGUCUUUGCCAAGAGAUACGGCGGCUCGUCGCAGUGCUGGGGCGUCAUCUGGUCCAUCAUUUCGGUGCUCUUCAUGGCUGUGGGCAUCAUCAUAGGGUUGGCCGCUUUCUCGCAGUCGUUUGCGCAGCAGGAGGAGGAUUCCAAACACUUUAUCCCUACGUAG